UUCAACGUCUGGAUGAUAAGGAUUACUGAGUUGCCCACCUGACCUGAAAGAUGGCGGACCUCGAAGAAGCCACUGAAUUAUUGAAAAAAUGCGAUGUAAAUGAGGUGGCAAAGCUUACUCAUCUUGUGGCAUCCAGAUUGUGUACAAAUAAAAAUAUUAGUUAUGAAACAUACAGUAAAAAAUGGACUUUAGAAGAAUGGUGGAUUGUGACAAAUUAUUUAGAAGAUACUCUUACAAAAUCAGCUAAAAACAGACUCUCUAAAGAUGAGAUUUUAAAUAUAUUGUCACCAUUAGCAGAUGAAUAUAAACAGAGUAUUAUAGAAGUUCUUUCUGUACGUAAUGAUGAUCUACAUCAACAUCUAGUCUCAAAAACAACCCAUGUUUCACAAAAUGUCCUCACUGACUUCGACUGGCAAAUGAAGUUGAUUAUGUCCAGUGAUAAACUGUCUUCCAUUCACGAACCUCUACUCAAUUUAGAUUUACAAACUAAAGAUGCUAAUAAUCAAAGUCAAGUUGUUUCUCUUGAAUUAAAUAAAGAUGACUUGAAAAAACUGAUCACAAGUUUAGAUGGUGCUAGUAAGGCAGUACAGCAAUUAUCAACAUGAAUGACGUGCAACAUUUUACAUUUGGUGUAUUACCAACAUUUCAUUAAUGAUUUGUGUUGUCAAUUUCAUAUACAAGAAUUAACGAAGCAAGAUUAAACAUUCUCAAAGAAUUUGAUAAAAGUAUUCAUCAUUUCCAAUCUGAUUAAAAUACAGAUCUAUAUUUCGUUUUGUUUUUUUUAUACUUUCGAUGGCCUCUACUACAUGAAGAUCUGACAAGUUGUAGCAAUAGGUCACUUCAGAGGUCAUACAAGCGGCUUUUGACCCUAUGACAUCAGACAGUUGAUUAACCAAUCAGCAUUGAUGUUUCUAAUGGAUUACCCACAGUUCCGUGCAAAACACGCCUAAAGCUCGCCGUAACAGACCGUUUCAUUGGCUAAUCCCGAACACCAUCCAGAACAUGUCAAUGAUAACAACUCUUACAAGUACUAGUGUAGUAAAGACAAGUAAAAUGAAAUUUUGAACUAUAAAAAACAAAACGAAAUAGGAUCUGUGUUUUAAUCAGAUUGCAUCAUUUGAACUUUAAAAUAGAAAUAUAAUAAAUUGCGUAUAGGCAUAACAAAUCCAUAUUGCCAUUUUUAAACAAGAACAAAUCAUUCCUAAGUUUUCUGUACAUAGAACUUUGUUUUUAUGAUAAAAGUUGUUAUUUAUUUAA